CACCAUCGCCCUUGAAAGCCUCGCCAGGUUGUGGCGACUCAUUCCGUAUUCUUUCAACGAAAGUUGAUUUCUCGUCAUUCUUAAUGCUAUGUAGUCGACUUUCUUCGGGUAUCGAAUCACCUCUGUCGUCCCUCGCGGGCCUGGUUGCCCAUGUUCUGUCGAGGUUGUUAUCGCAGUCUGUUUUGGCCGAACAUCUGACUGUUGCGUUCUUAUCUCCUGCUUCAUCCCCUCGCGGAUCACUGUUCUCCGGAUCUGACUGUGGCUGAAGACAAUGUCAUCUUCGGACUCGGUCGUUUCUUCCAGCAGUGCGAGUAUCGAUCUUGACACCGCCACGCUUUCCGGACCUCCCUCUGGCAGCCAUGGUAACAGCAAUCAUCAGAGACCAACGUCUUUCAAUGCUUUGAAUUACAGACCGCUACCUAACCCGCUCAUCCGCUCAGGUUCAGGUCAAAGCAGCCAAAUGUCGACUGCAGCACUCAGAGAUCGUUCUCUACCGACUCCUCCGAACGAGCAGACUGCUGAAGAGCGCAGACGCAGCAUAAUAGCAAUGGACCGCAAGAGAAGGCUCACAACAACUCUAGAGGAUGGCAGAAGAAGGACCAAUAGUGGCAGCUACUAUGAUCGAAGGACCACUCAUGAUGGGUACCGAAUGGAUGGUCCUUCAACCCCGAUGCGGAACGACACAGUGGGCACAAGACCUGCACCAGAAUUCAUCGACUUGACAGAAACUACUCCUUCGCCAUCACGUCCAACACCACUCCAUCAGACGGACGAGGUGAGGAUGAACAAGCCUUCUCCAGAGUCCUCGAGGCGGUACGUGGUGCCUCGUUGGCAGCCAGAUUCCGAAGUCAGCGAAUGUCCUAUCUGCAAGCGUCCCUUCAGCUGGAUGUUCCGCAGGCAUCACUGUAGGAAAUGUGGGAGAGUAGUAUGCAACGACUGCUCCCCUCAUCGCAUAACCAUUCCUCGACAGUUCAUCGUUCAUCCGCCGGAAUCAGAUGCUGUUCCAUCGCCGGGGCAAGGGGUUAGAAGCCGACACGACCCGAUAGAUUUAACAGCAGACGGUCAUGAUGAUGAUCCCUUUGAUGCUCGAGCCUCGCCUGACCCAUACCUUGCACUUGACGGAGGCGAGAAAGUUCGACUUUGCAACCCUUGCGUGCCAGAUCCUCAACCAGACCCAUUCCCACACUACUCCCUUCUCGAAAACGAAUCCGGUCGACGUGGACCACCCUGGAGUCACACGAUCGGACAUGCAAGAGGCUCUAGCCAUCCGUCAGGUAUAAGGACAGGACCAACCAUACCAGCAAGAGACGAUUCUCUUCGUCAUCCCAUGAGAUAUGACGGGUCCAGCGCUUUCCCAAAUCGUGCGAGUUGGACUGGUCAUCCCCAUUCCCAGAUUUCUCCUAGUCGGUACCGCCCUGUGUUAUCUACGUCAGUAGGGGAACGGGCAUUCUCUGUGCCGUCAAGAGAUUUCAUUCCUUCAGAACGCCGGUCCAGCUACGGCAAUACACAACCACUCUCCCGUCAGCCGCGAGAUGAGUCGGCCACUGGUUUCAAUCGCGGCCCUUAUGCUCCACCACGCGCGCCUUACGAGACUACGGCCACUCGAUUUCCUGUUACCCUGCAGAAUAUCGUUGACGGCCCGCCGCGACCUCGCAUUGACGAGAGAGAUAUCUGUCCUAUCUGUCGACGUGCACUUCCUCCGAGAGAGCCAGACGGCACGGAGAAUGCGCGAGAAGCGCACAUCAUGUCUUGCAUCAUUGCAAGAGACCCAUCAGCCCGAUUUGAGGGCGCUGGCGGUCCCUCCCAGUCUCGAGUUCACAUGCUCCCAUUCAUUGCGACUGAAAAGGACUGCGUCGGCUCGGAUGGUAGUCCACAAGAGUGCUCGAUAUGUAUGGUUGAAUACGAUGUCGGAGAUGAAUUGGCACGGCUGGAGUGCUUGUGCAAAUUCCAUAAAAGCUGCAUUGUAGAAUGGCUUGAGCGCAAAGCGGAGUGCCCAGUGCACAAACUUCUGUUAUGAAUCACGACAUGACGAUACGACGAUUGAAGAUUGAUGGACUGCUUCUGGGACUGAUUUCCAUCUGAUGGGCAUUUGGAGUUUGGAAAGGUUGGGUCAGGUCGGAGGUGCUACGUGGACAGUUAUACAAGGAUUCCCCCUCUGUUGAUGGUAUAGCUUCUCUACCUGAUGUUAUAUGAUGUUGACUCCUACUCAUAUCCGUACAACAACGUCAUCUUCUCUCUACCUCGUGCUCUCGAUCCACCACCAGCAAUAGAAGAAUGGAAGGAUCACGCGAAAAGCCAGUCAGAUUGUGC